AUGCCGACGUUGACGACAAUAUACUACUGUGGCGAAACCAAGACCUUCAAGGAGAAAUCGACUGAGCGAGACAUUGGCCCCAACGACGUUUUGAUCGAUACGACACACUCCGGGCUCUGCUACACAGAUGUCCAUGCGAAGCCUUUGGGCUGUGGUCUCGGGCACGAAGGCGUGGGUAAUGUACGAGAUGUAGGAGUAGCUGUAACGCAUAUGAAGCCGGGUGAUCGUGUUGGCUGGGGAUGGCUACACUCAUCGUGUGGCCACUGCACUACUUGCGUGUCGGGCUACCGUCAGUACUGCUCUGAAGCUCGUGGCUUUGCCUUCUCGGACGAGGAUCAAGGUGCUUUCUCGGACUCGCGUAUCAUCAAUAGUGCUUUCGCAUACCGGAUCCCUGAUGAGAUAUCCUCUGCAGCAGCUGGUCCACUGAUGUGUGCUGGUGCUAGUACCUACGAGGCUCUUGAUGCUGCUCGGACGGCCUCCAACGAUCGUGUAGGCGUACUCGGAAUCGGCGGACUGGGACAUAUCGCUAUUCUAUUUGCCAAAGCAAUGGGAUGUGCAGUUACUGCCUUGACCGCCCAUGCCAAUAAGUACGACGACGCUCUCAAGCUUGGUGCCGAUGAGGUACGUCUACUCAGUGAGCCCGGCAAAGUCCUCGGACGUAGCGGACAACAAAACAGCGACGUCCUUGACCAGGAGCCGAAACCAGCAGCCAUAGACGUUCUACUCGUUACAUCCAACGAAGUGCCGAGUCUUGGGAACAUCCUACCUCUACUCUCAAGACGAGCACGAAUCGUCCUCAUGACGAUACAGCAGCAAGCACUCACGAUCCCGUACAUGCCUUUUGUUUUGCCUGGACAUCACUUGAUCGCGUCGACCGAAGCAUCUCGCGAGAACCACAUCAAGAUGCUCGAAUUCGCAGCACGACAUAGGAUCCAGCCGUGGAUCGAGGAGUUCCCUAUGACCACUACUGGAGUCGCGGCAGCAUUUCAGCGUCUGGAGAGUGGUAAGAUGAGGUACAGAGGUGUCUUCGUACGCUGA